GGCUGAACUGAUGUGACAUCAACUUUGUUUAUCUGUGUUUAAAAUCCAACACAGUGUGAAAGGGAACUUUAAAGAAUCUUUAAGAAAUUGAGAAAUUACUGAAGGAACAACAAUUACAGAGUAUGGACAGAUUAUGUAAUAAGGGAUGAUCUGGGUGGACAAGGAAUUUAGCAAGGAUUUAAUCAUACAUACCUGUACACCAAAUCUUUAAGAAGGCAAUGUGAAUAUUAAGGAUAUAACUUCACCUUCAGAAGGGAAAUAACUUUAGAUAGCAGACCUUCGGUGGAUUUGUAUUUGUAACUCUAUUCCACAUGAGUGAUGACAAAGAACAGACAGAAGCUGAGAAAGAGGAGGGUGGAGAAGAGAAUGGCCAGAUCACACAGGAAACACUGGACAAUGCAAACCAGGAAUCCCUGGAGAGCACACGUCGGAUGCUUAAUAUGUGUGAAGAGUCACAAGAUGUUGGAAUUAAAACCAUCGUAAUGUUGGAUCAACAAGGGGAACAAUUGGACCGAAUUGAAGAGGGUAUGGACCAAAUCAACCAGGACAUGAGAGAUGCUGAGAAAAACCUGGAGGGACUGGAAAAGUGUUGUGGGCUCUGUGUGUUACCAUGGAAACGGGCAAAGAACUUUGAGAAAGGAGGAGACUAUGACAAAACAUGGAAGGCAUCAGAGGAUGGGAAGGUGAACACGAAUGGUCCAAGGGUGAUAGUAGGUGAAACCGCUGGGCCACAGGGACCAAUCAUCACUAGAAUUACCAAUGAUGCUCGUGAGGAUGAAAUGGAGGAAAACUUGACACAAGUCAGUGGCAUGCUGGGUAAUCUUCGAAACAUGGCUAUUGACAUGGGCAGUGAGAUAGAAUCCCAAAACAGACAAAUCGACCGCAUUAACAAUAAGACCCAGUCUAACGAGUCCCGGAUUCAGGGAGCGAACCAGAGAGCCAGAAAGAUACUGAAAGAUAACUAACUGUUGAUAUUGCAUUCCUUUUUAUUAAACUAUUAUAGAUUUAUCAUUAUUUUCUCUUACUGCAAUACAUGUAUCUACUUAACACCUCAUUAUUUUUAUGUUACCUCAUGUAGAUGCAUAGCAGAAUGUGUACAUUCUCAGUCAUGUAUGACAUUUCAUCAUUAAAUGCAGAAAAGGUGUGAUGCAGAAUUUACAAACGAAUUGAAAUCUGUCCUUGGCAUGGAUUUGUGAUAAGUGUUGGUUGUGUUUCGUUCUGUACCUAGUGGAGACACAGUAUUGUUGAUAGAGUUGGUUGUGUUUACUUCUGUACCUAGUGGAGACACAAUUGUUGGUAGAGUUGGUUGUGUUUGGUUCUGUGCCCAGUAGAGAGACAAUUUUCAGUUGAAAAAUGGAUCUACAUAGAAGAAAUUUCAAAGCUUUGCAUCCAAAUUAAGAAUAAAUCUAAGAAAAAUUAAGAUAUACAUUAAGCAGAUUUUGCAUUAGUGUCAUGAACAGUAAACAAAUGAAUUCCAUAUAAGUACAGGUAAUGUUAUAAUGUUUGUGACAUUUAUUAUUAAAGAAAGAAAAGCAUACAUGUAGAUCCAUAUUUGUUGUGUAUUAUGUUUCCUUAGUGUUUCAAGUUCAUUUGAUUCCUUGAGAAGGAAGGGAGUAGUAUUUGAUUAUAUUCACCUGCAAGGAUUUCUGUCAACAAUGGUGAAAGUCAAAAUGAGCAGUUCAAGUAAAUCUACGUUUUGUGUUAAUUUUCUCUUCUGAAUUUAAAAUGAUUGGGUCUUUGGUGAAUAUAACAAGUACUUCCUUUUCUUUCUGUUUGAAAUUAUUUCUUGUUGUUAUUAUUUUUUAAGCAGAGUUAACCUGUAAUGUCUUCUUUAGAAAAAACUUAUUGAAUAGCACUUUUAAAACCAGCAGAAAAUAAAGCAUAUUAAGACUUGUUUUCAUUGUGAUGAAGAUUAUUUAAUAGAACAUUCUACAGAAGUCAUUCCAGAAAACAUGCAUUAACUAUAUUUAGCAUGCCUGUUUUGUUUAUUUACAAAAAGAAUCAGACAUUUUAAGCGUAAAAAAAAAAAAAAAAAACUACUCAGAAGUUGCCUAACAAUAGCUAUACUUAUCUGGUGUCUGAGACUUUUUGAGUUAGAUUGUUGUUGUUGAUUUUCUUUUUUUUAAGCAUGCAUUUUAUUCUGUUUUUUGCA